AUGUUGAGAGAAAGCAGAAGAGUAUGCUUUAGUCCUGAUGUCAAUGAGAAACCAACCAUCUUUCUCAAUCAUGGUGGGGGAAGAGUAUUAGGAAACAGGAAGAGGAUCAUUGGACCUUGGACUUUCAAAGACCCUAUUUUGUCACCUGUGAGAUUCCUAAUAAGGCUUGGAGCAAAGGUAGCAAGUUCAGUAAGAGUUGUUUCUAUGAGAAGGAGAUCAUGCAGGAAGGUUUCUUCAUCCACUUUGGUCAGGUCACGUUCAUUAUCAGACCUCACUGAUUCAUAUCGUGCUAAAGCUGUAGAAGAUUGCAUUGAGUUCUUACAUUCUUCUUCCUCAAGGGAGAGACCAAGUUGA